AAGAAGAAGAAGAAGAAGAAGAAGAAGACAAAAUAAAUAAAUAAAUCAUCUUCCGACUCAGUUGAGCGCCAAGUCCAAGCGCGUGCACGGCCUCAGUUUUCAUCGCAGGCGCGCCCCCCAGCGGCCGGAGCGCACACGGCGAGGAGCAGCGAGUGCGCGCCCGGUGAGACCGCCGCUGAAGCAGACACGUCCGCGUGCACACUCAGACGUCACUCAGCAUGGACUACGCCGCCAACAGCUACACCACCGCAGCCAGCGCCAACGCUUCUUUCGCCGCCAUGAGCCUCAACGAGCACGUGCAGGUGACAGCUUCUGCCAAGAUGGAGAACGGCGCCGUGGACAAGAAUGUCGCAGGCCUCAAGUCACAAACCUGUGGAAGCAAGGUGGCUGCCAGACCUCAGCCAGACGUGACCAGUGGACAAAGCAGUCCCGGCACUCCAAAGUCCCCUUCCAGUCAGGCACUCCCUGGAAAGUCAGUGGGCGACGCCCACAAAGUAAAGAAGGUGGCGGUUGUCCGCAGUACGCCCAAGUCACCAGGUUCCCUGAAGAGUCGCCCCCCGGCUCCCCUGGCUGCCGCCACCACGCCUGUACCCGACUUGAAAGGCGUCAAGUCCAAGAUCGGAUCAACAGAAAACAUCAAGCACCAGCCGGGCGGCGGAAAGGUGCAUAUCCUGGACCAAAAGGUGGACUACAGCACUGUGCAGUCAAAGUGCGGCUCCAAGGCUAACCUCAAACACGUGCCCGGUGGCGGCAACGUUCAAAUCCUGGACAAGAAGAUGGACAUAACAGGCGUGCAGUCCCGGUGUGGCUCCAAGAUCAACAUGAAGCACACGCCAGGAGGCGGCAAGGUCCAGAUCGUGCACAAGAAGGUGGACGUGAGCAGUGUGACGUCUAAGUGUGGAUCCAAAGACAACAUCCGUCACAAACCAGGCGGUGGUAACGUGGAGAUCAAGAGUGAGAAGCUGGAGUUCCGUGUUCAGUCCAAGGUGGGAUCUCUCAACAACAUCGGCCAUGUUCCUGGAGGCGGUCAGAGGAAGAUCGAGAGCCACAAACUGACCUUCCGUGAGAGCGCCAAGGCCCGCACCGACCACGGCGCAGAGAUCGUGUCGUUGGAGGACUCCCCCCAGCAGCUCAGCACCGUGUCGUCCUCCGGAAGUCUCAACAUGGCCGACCCCCCGCAGCUCUCCACGCUGGCCGACCAGGUGAGCGCCUCGCUGGCCCAGCAGGGCCUGUGAGCGUCGCCCUGCCUUCCUCCUCCUCCUCACUGGACUCUUUGUCAUCGCCAUCACUGUACCGCCAUCCAGCUGUUAGACGCAUCCACGACUGUCCCUAUUAAGUCCUACUGUUAAGACGCAUCCCCAACUGUCCUACUGUACGCCAUCCAGCUGUUAGACGCAUCCCCAACUGUCCUACUGUACGCCAUCCAGCUGUUAGACGCAUCCCCGACUGUCCCACUGUACGCCAUCCAGCUGUUAGACGCAUCCCCGACUGUCCCUAUUAAGUCCUACUGUUAGACGCAUCCCCGACUGUCCCUAUUAAGUCCUACUGUUAGACGCAUCCCCGACUGUCCUACUGUACGCCAUCCAGCUGUUAGACGCAUCCCCGACUGUCCCACUGUACGCCAUCCAGCUGUUAGACGCAUCCCCGACUGUCCCUAUUAAGUCCUACUGUUAGACGCAUCCCCAACUGUCCUACUGUACGCCAUCCAGCUGUUAGACGCAUCCCCGACUGUCCCACUGUAUGCCAUCCAGCUGUUAGAUGCAUCCCGCGGGCAGAAGUUGGCUCCAGUUUGUGUACACGUGUUGAAGAGCCCGUCGUCUUGGGGCACAUUUAAGACGACCAAAAGUGUUUUUAUGGUGAAAGUUGUUUGUUUGACUUGUGUUUUGGUUCCAUUUGGGCGGACGGAGAAUGCCAACUAGCGAAGUAACCUCCCUCUCCGUCCAGCAGGGGGCGGUACCUUCCUUUGCAUCACUUCCUGUAGUAACACUGGCUAAUUGACGAGCUACCUACUGUUCCGUGUCGCUCAUUUCCUUUUAUUUGAAGCAUAUUUGUCGGUCUUUCUAAAAAGCGUUUUUAACCACUGAAGUUCCCGCUCUUGCGUCACUUCCUGCAUGGGUGACAAAAGUAGUGUUUAGAAGAGAGGAGGUGCAUGCUAACUCCUGGGAACGUGACUCACCUUUUGUACACGCAGUGUUGCCAAUGUGAUUGUUGUGACUCCACUAAUGACUUGUUGCUGGAUGUUUGGAAAUAAACGCUAAGUCACUGA